AUGUCCCGAAGACCAGACGCUGACCUGCAUUGCAAUCAAGUCCAGAUCAUCGGCUACAUCGGCCGCUGCAUUGCACACAAUAAUACAGUUGCAAUGGGACCGUACAUUGUCGCCAACAUGUUCAUUCUGCUCAGUCCUACACUCUUCGCCGCAACUAUCUACAUGACCCUUGGUCGAGUCAUCCGUCGAGUCCGAGGAGAACAUCUUUCUCCCAUUCGGGUCUCGCGCCUUACGAAAACAUUCGUCUGGUUCGAUGUGUUGUCCUUCGUUGUCCAGGGAAACUCCUCAUCCCUCUCGGUUAUGGGAUACCCCCAGUGGGGAAAGGUGUGCGUUAUUGCCGUAUUCGCAAAGCGCCUUCGUCGUACACCCACGCCCGAGUGUCUCAAGCCUGGUAUCCCCUGGCAACGAUUAAUGCAUAUGCUAUAUGCUGUCAGUGCUCUCAUUUUGGUCCGCUCUAUUUUCCGGAUCAUUGAAUAUGUCAUGGAUAAUGAUGGUUAUCCUCUUAUGCACGAGUGGACAUUGUAUGUGUUUGAUAGUUUGCCGAUGGUUGCAGUCAUGGUUAUCUUCUUUGUUUGGUAUCCUGACCAGGUGAGCCUCGAUACGGAUUUCGAUGGAAAUAUCCCGCUUGCACACAGCUACUCUGGAGUUUGA